UCAAACUGCAUAAACCAAAUCAGCGUCUUUUAUUUCUGCAUGUUGGGUGUCCUCACAUUCGAGACACCUACUCAGUUCUGUUCAUUUUGAUUAUUUGCUGACUUUUAAUGGUUUUCUUCGAGUUCGAGUGUCCAAGUAGGCAGUUGAGACGGAUUUACACCUCAUCGACAUCUUCUGAGAAAUUAUUUGGUCUAUUAACGUUUUCUGUUGAAGUCUGCGUUCGUAAUAAAAGAACUUUAUGACACAAAUGAAUUUCUUCUCAAAUAUGGGAUUAGGAGAGUCACUGACGUCACUCAGUUGAAUUUAUCGAAAAAAGGACUAGUUAGAGUCCCAGAUUUAUCAAGAUUUCCCAUGCUCCAGCACUUAUGGCUGAACAAUAACAAGAUCACAAAGUUUUCCUGUCCCACCACCAAAUGCUGUUUAACUGAACUUUAUCUCCAAAAUAAUCAAAUUACCUCAAUUUCAGGAGCCCUGGGCCACUUGACCAACCUGCAGGUUCUCCUCCUUUACAACAACAGGCUGAGGGGCCUGGAGGAGACUAUGGCAGAACUAAGGAAGAUGCAGCGCCUCCACAUGGCCAGCUUUUUUCUGAACCCCUUCACACAAGAGUCUCGGUAUCGACACUAUGUGGUCCAUCACUUGCCUUCUGUCCUCAUAUUAGACAAGAGAGAGGUGAAGCAGGAGGAGAGAAACGCUGCAUUCCAGAUGUUCAAUCCAGACAGGAGUCGAGUGUUGCGGUCUGUGGCCUUCGGGAGAAGAGCAGAAAGUGGUCUGAUACCAGGGAACGGUGGUCCUCCUGUUGUGGGAUCUCGGACUACCCCUGGUACGGGCAUCACACAUGUCAGCAUCACCCCAGGGAAGGACAUUUCGCAUAGAAAGAAAUCUGUUGUUUAUAGCAAACCAACAUGAACCCCCUCAUCUAAUGCUACAAAUAGUAAGUCUUUUUUGUUCCUAAUCAAAAUUACUUGCAAAGUGCAGUGAUGUGCUUUUUGUAUUCUACUUAUUUGUUAUGCUGAUUCUUUUGUCAUCCAUCCAAUACAUGAUCUAUGCCAGUGAUUUUAAUACUUGUCUUUAUCAGUUAACUUUUAUACAACUGAAACAGAAGAUGAACAUAUAAUCAGAUUUCACAGCAGAAUCAGUUGUCUUGAAUAACCACUGAAUAACAUAAAUGAAACAGACUAUGCAUAUUAAUUCUUCCUAGCAAACUAGAGUUUCAGUUUAAACUGCUUGAAACAGUAAACCAACAUAAACCCCACUGAAAAAGGUGAGGUUUUUGUACACCGUGCUAUCAUUGCAUUUAAUGUAUGUAAUCAGAUAGUACCUGAGCACAAAUGUAUUCUAAAUGACAUGAGUUGUUUGCAAUAAAUC